AGAGCAUCAUGCAAGAAUGCUGAGUGUGUAUUCGCUGACAAGUGCAAUGGAGCAGCUAACAAAUACCUAUGUGUACCGGUGGACUUCCGAUUUCUCACAUGGCUGAUAUUCGGCUGUUUUCUCGUGGUUUUGUUGGCCUGCUCCUCACUAGUGGCCUGUUAUGCAUGUAGAGCCAUUCGAGCUUCUAUCGCUACCCAACAGAUGCAUUACCCGGAUAGAGAAGUUGUUUUCACCAAUCCUGGACGAGUUCAUCAUAUUGCAUUGGAUGGAACUCAUGGAACUCAUUACAGAGAGGGCCCAACAAGGCGAUAUUGAAA